AUGUCAGCCAACGACAAACCCAUUCCCACAGUGACCAUUACAACCGGUCGUCGCCCGUCGACCGACUCGUUCGCCACUUCGCUCAAGACGCCCCGGACCGCCCGCUUCGCCGAAGCCACUUCCGUGCACUCUCCUCUCGAGCCCACCCGCUCCCCCUUCUCCGAUCCUCCCACAAACCACUACGCGCCCCAGCCUCAGCCCGCCGACGUGGGCUUCGGCUAUCUCAACAACCGCACCUCGGGCCACGAAUCCUACACCGGCGUCGAGAUGGAGGAGACCGACCGGAGAUACCUGCCCCCACCCACGCCCAAGAGCCCGCUCAAGAGCGCCCUCAAGUCGCCCGGCGCCCCGCCCCGCAACUUCGAGACCGUCUUGAGCCCCACAUUCCGCGAAGAGCAGAUCCUGGAGAAGCAUGAGGGCGAUACCGAGAAGGAGCAGCAGAAGGACCUUAAAAUCAAGUUCCGCGUGCGAGUUGCCAAGCUCUUCCUCCGCGGUAUCAACUUCAGCUGCAGUCUCAUUGUUCUCUCCAUGCUUGCAGCAACCUUCUCCAUCUUCAAUGCCACAAAGCACCUGCCCGCCCGCAGCAACCUGCCUCCUUGGGCGGAAAACACCAAGACCUGGCCCCAGAUCCUUCUGCUCGUCAUUGCAUGUAUCUCGCUGUUCAUGUCCAUUGUCAUCCUCGCCGCCUACUGGAGAGGCGGCCACCGAAGAGCAGAGAAGGUUGCCGUCUACUACACCGUCUUUGCCGUGGCUUUCUUCAUCUUUAGCAUCGUCAUGUGGGCAAUUGGCGCUGCUAUCCUGAACUCUAGCAAGGUCAACGGCAACGGCCAAGAUAUGUGGGGCUGGGCGUGCAAAGACAAUAAGCGCCGCGAGCUCUUCGAAGCCGAGGUCCAGUACGCGCUUGUGUGCAGGCUUCAGGACUGGUCCCUUGUCUGCUGCAUUAUCGAGGUUGUCAUCGAGACGCUGACAAUCAUCGUCUACGGCAUUGUUUUCUACCGCUUCUGGUCCAAGCGCAAGCUCCGGAAGUCGAUGGCAGUCCGCGACCGCGCCCGCUCUGACCUGUACCUCGCCCAGCUUCGUUCGCAGUCGGCACCUAACACCCCUGGCUUCGGCCCGCCACCGCUCACUCCUGGUGACGGCUGGAAGCCUCCGCCAGGCCACCCGCGCUACGUCGACCCUCUGUCCGCGGCUGAGAACGGCCACGGCGCCUUCCAAGAGAGCCAGGAGAGCGUCCAGUACCCGCGCGGCUUCGCGGAGCCCAAGCCAUUCCAGCUGCAGCCCCCGCCGAUCCGCGUCACGGGCGCUACGCCGAAGAUGCAACAGAAUGGGUUCGACGAUGCGCCCGUUCCGCCCCAGCCCCAAGCCGGCGGCGCCGAUGUCAGUCCGCCCUCCAGUCGACACCCAAGCCCGCCGAACGACACCAGCUAUCGUCAGCCUUCACCGCCGCAACCCAUGAGCCCUAGCUUCGCUCCUCAGCCUCAAGAACACAUCCAGGAGCAUGUGCCCGCCGCUCCCGGUGAGCAGCAGUACGAGGCUGUACCCAUCCCUGGCGCGUACGGCUCGCCCAUGACAAGUCCCAGCUAUCCUCCGCCGCAGCAACAGCACGGGUUUGAUUUUGGCCUUCAGCAGCAACAUCGUCAAUAA